AGUUUGUAAAUCUUGACAGAGUAGUUGCGAAUUGUUUUCGCAGUUUCGAAUAGAAAGGAACAGCGUUAAAUUGAUUCAUUAAAAACUAUGUGAAUAAUUCCUAGUGUGAGGGAUAGAGAGAAAGAGAGUGAAAGAAUGUUCAUUAUGGAUUAAUUUAGCGUUUGAUUGGCGUAAACUACUGUUUCAAUUUGAACAUUCUAAAAGGGUAAAGAGAAAGAGUGAAAAGUUUGAAGAGAAGCAUUUUAGAAGAGAACUAUCGAUGGUAUAGAGAGAAAGAAAAACUUCAAGAAGAACUCUCCUAUUGUGUAACCUUUACGGUAUAUUAUAUAACGUUUCGGUAGGGAAUCCGAUACGUGAAGAGAUUGGAAAAUCGUUAAUCGGACAGAGAGUUUUCCCUUGUUUCUCCAAAUCACCGAAUUGCGUAUUUAUAAAAGGAUUACGAGGGUGGAAACUUUUGCUACGAAGGAAGAUGACGCUACCGAAUCGGAUUAUUCUUUGAGUAGAUGGCGCCAAAUAAAGAAAAAUCCGUAAAGAAGGAGGAAGAGAGGAACCCGAAAAAAGUUAUUCUCUUUUCUUUUUUUUUUCUUUCAGAUUUAUCUACAUGAGAUCUCUCUCAUUUCUGCUUUAAAUCUAUAUCCUGGGUAGAAAGUAGGCAGCCCACUAGCCCUUAUCUCUUACUAAAGCUUGGUGAGGCCUUUCAUUCAUCUUCGUUCGGAAAUCGCUGACCGUUUGACACGUUGAUGUAGGACGUGUUCGAAACUCGGCAUUUAAACACCUGCAACACGGCCGGCAAUCGUUGCCAUACUACGCCUUCUUUCCUCUCCCGCCUCCACCCACCUCCUUUUUUUGUUUUCUUUGCAGUUUUUAAGAACUGCGCCUUAUCGUCAGCUCUUGUAUAUGUAUUUACGAGAUAACUCUUUAUAAACAUUCACCCGUUGUUGGAUUUAUUGUUUAUAUUAAACUCUCCCUAUUCCCAUCAUCAAAUUGGCGGGCUGACACUUAACAAUUCGCUUUUUUUUUAGCCUAGCUCUCCGUUGAUUAGACACUUGUAGAUCACGUGAUCGUCUCCAAUCGUCAGCGAUUGGUUCGACUUUUAGCGCCUGUGGUUCAGUUCAUAUUCUGUUGCAGAGUUGCUGCCUAGUGGCAGAACGUCGACAAGAAAUCGGAGUGGAUGAAAGCAGCCGAACGAAACGCGGCUUACGAGCCGCCAUCUUCUUCGCAAUGUUCUCCUUCGUUAUUCUAUCUCUUAGUUUGAUAGUACAUUUUUCCUAUGCCAUCCCCGUCCACGUUCAUAAUGAUGUCGUGACACUUAAUCUUACGGAGCUAAAGAAAAUUGGAAUAGAUGCCAAUAACCUAUUGGUGAAUAUUAAGCGUUUAUCUGAUGGAGACGCCAGUUGCCCUGAGUUGCGACCUACCGACUACAAAAUGCGUCUCUUUAAAAUUCGACAUACGAAAGCGGUUUGUAAUGACGGAUCAAAAGCCGGAUAUUAUCUUCUGAAGAACUCCGACCCAAAAAAAUGGAUCGUGUUUUUACAAGGAGGCUGGUUUUGCAUAGACGAAGAAAGUUGCGAAAAAAGGCAGGAAGCUAGCCCUCAAUUUAGCGGUUCAGCCAGUUGGCCUCCUCUAAAAACCGGUAAGUAUAGGCCUAUUGAACAGGGGGGGUAAUUUGUUGACGGCAUAAAGGAACUUGUCACGGGGCGAAUGGAGUUGUAGAUGUCACGUCAAUCCUUAUCGAUUUUCAUUCUUCAGGUACGGGAAUUUUGUCGACGAAUCCGGAUGAAAACCCACUGUUCUUUGACGCAAACAUAGUGUUCGUUUUUUCCUAAUAUAAAUUGGCAGUAAUCGUAUUGAUAAUAGGUCCCAUUCAGUUGUUAUCAAAAGAUAAUUCUAUAAUAUAAAAUAAUAAUGGGAAGGGUAGGAAAAGUGUAGGGGGAAAGAGGCAGGAGAAGAUAAAAACGGAAAAGAAAUAUAUUUUCUUUUUUCCUCUUGUUUUGUUGUGUACAAGCAUAAAUAAGAAUUAAAAGUAAUCCUCUCUUCUUCUUUUAUCUUAACAGAUACGUCCCGUAUUGUUCAAGCGAUUCGUGGUCGGGUAGAAAAUUUUCAACCAAAUCAUUCAGCUUCAUGGGUUCAGUUAUUCUAGCGAAAUUAUUUAGAGACUUGUCUGAAUUACACAACUUAAAAUCGGCAACAAGAAUCUAUCUAAGUGGUUCAAGCGCUGGAGCCACUGGAGUCUUAAUGAACAUCGACAGAAUCAGCCAAAGAUUAAUUAACUUGGCACCAAAAGCCAAAGUACGAGGUAUAAUCGAUAGCGGAUGGUAUCUGGACAAUAUGCCAUUUAAGAGAGAAUCCGAUUGUAGGGAUAAUCCUUUGCACUGUUCACCGUCAAAAGCUAUUUCGAUUGGUUUUAAAUAUUGGAAAGGUGUCGUACCAUACAACUGUGCUAAACAAUUUGGUUCAGAAGAGGCUUGGAAAUGCUACUUUGGUCAUAGAGUCUACCCAACUCUAAAAACGCCGAUAUUCAUCAUACAAAAUCUGUUCGACGAAGCUCAAUUAAUGGCUAACAGGGUUUAUCCGCCUGCAAACGAUCGGCAAAGACGUUUCAUGCUGGACAUAGGCCAAGACUUUAUCAGAACUUUAUCAAACGUAUCUGCCGUCUUCGCUCCUUCUUGCGUUUCUCAUCAAGUUCUCCAGAAACCGGAUUGGUUCAAAUUGACAGUUCGUAGAACAAGUCUCCUACAAGCUUUAAAAUGUUGGACUGAGGGAGAUGCCGAACAAAAUCGCUAUGGAACUAGAAUGAAAAAGAAUUUUAGAUCGACACUCGGCAAAAGGGAUUUUUUUCUCACAGGGGAAAAGUUAAUGAAGGACGAUCCAAGGGCUAUCAGGGCUAGCGCACCCUCGAACAAGCGUAAGAUAUUGAGGAUUUUUGAUCUGAAAAGGUGCCGUAGGCUUAAGAGAAAGAACAGGAGGAAACCGAAAUCGAAACGGAAACGAAUAAUCUGUACAAGUCAGAGAGAGAGAGGUCGAAGGGCGCUAAGUUCCUCAUCACACGAAGUUCAUAAUAUGGCCGUUCAUGGAUCUAAGUGUGGUCAUUACUUGAUAGAUGUCUGCAACGUCCCUCAGUGCAAUCCUUCUUGUCCGGAUAUCUUUAAUCACGUGACAGGGAACGCCGUUCAAUUCAAUCUUUCUGAGGAAUACUAGAGUGCAAAAAUUAUAUAAAACUUAGUGAUGGAAAAAGACCAAAACUGUACUGUUGUUUGUUUCUUUUUUUCUUUUGUUUUUUUUUUUGUUUGUUCAUUUUUUUUUCUUUGUGUUACGGAAUUUAAUUUGAAAGAAAAAAAGAAUUGCAUUCUCGUCCUUUCUUGUCUCAAACCGAUUAUACAGGGGUAAACAACACACAAUUAAUUUAUUAUUAAUACAAUUUAGUGCAUUUUUUUGUCUAUUUUUAAUUUAUAAAUCA